UUGCUUUCUCCUUCCCAUUCAUCUGCCAGCCGUCUCUGACUUCAAUCUGUAUCAUCAACAGAUCAAUUCUUAGCUCCCCUUUUCCACAACUACCUUAAUUCUUCAAAAUGGGUUUCGAAGCCGGUACGUAGCACUCUGAAGCCGCCAGAACCAUCGGCAUCGCUCCGUCAUCGCUGCGCGUUCCUCGUCUCCAUGGGACCAUUUGUUCGGUUCGCGCGUAUCCAAGGCUUCGCGGUCAUUGUUCCAUUGGAACAAUUGAUCAAUGAGCAGUUGGAGAUGCCGUUGUCGACAAUGGAAUUCAUCAACAAGACGGAGAGAGCUGCGCGAUUUAACAACGGGGCCAGCUGGCAACUGACAUGGUUUCCACCAUUUGCACAUGGACCAUCGACUAACAAAUCACAUAGGUGAUGCUAAGAAGGGUGCCAACCUCUUCAAGACGCGCUGCGCUCAGUGCCACACUUUGAAAGCGGGUGAGGGUAACAAGAUUGGCCCCAUGCUCCACGGCCUGUUCGGCCGCAAGACGGGUCAAGUUGAGGGCUACUCCUACACGGAUGCCAACAAGCAGAAGGGCAUCACCUGGGACGAGAACACCCUGUUCGACUAUCUUGAGAACCCCAAGAAGUUUAUUCCCGGCACCAAGAUGGCCUUCGGUGGUCUCAAGAAGGCCAAGGACCGCAACGACCUCAUCACGUUCCUCAAGGAGGAGACCGCAUAGACGCCUCACGACAACUUGCCCGUCUUAUCCUGUUCUCCCCUGACACGAAUCUUCCGCACCCUGAAUACCUCUGAUCGAAACCUUCCUUACCGAUUUUGUACCACCAGACAGCAUGAUAGACGUACGAUAGGCGACGGCGGUCUCUUGGCGUCUUUUUCCUUGUAAUACAUA